AUGGCUACCCCGUUGGCUAUCUACAUUCUCUUGAAUGCUCUUUUUAUUCAUUUUUCUCUGGCUGGUGUAAUUUUUAAACGUGAGAGUUGGCAAAAGGAGCUCAAGCCACAGGUGUGGUCAGGACCAAAUCUAUGCUACGAUAAAGAUGGAAAUAACAAAUUUCCUAUUCCAAAGGACCCGCCCUGGUUUACAGACGACAUGUGUCAUCUGAGCGCAUGCCUAGGGCUCAUGGUUUUAACAAAGUCCAUGUGUUUCACGAAAGGAACUUCAUGUGGAGAAGGUGAGUAUUUAGCGGCAGUUCCUGAACCCCCUUCUCCAACAGCCUGUUGUGUAUGUAAACCAUUUGAGCCACUUUCAUGAGAAAAAACGAAUGAAGCACUUGAGUGAAGGCAGCAUCUUCGCUUGCCGACGAUAUGCCAGAUCUACUAAUCUCUAUCCAGUCCUUGGUACAAGUCGUGUUAUGAAGUGUCUCCUGUAGUCUUCGCCGGAUCUUGACUCAGUGCAUCCGUUGCGGUUUCAUGGCCUUGAUUUACAACGCCCCUAGCUAGCUCCAAAAUUGAUUGAUAAAAUUGACGAAGAUCGGGUACGGUCGGAGGUACUUACUGAGCGCGCGGUUUCCGUCCUGUCAUGCCUUUUUCAAAAUAUGACACAGUCCUAUUACUGAAUACAGUGAAUGUGCUCGGCAGAAGGGAUCCGUGUGGGCCGAGGAACAGGUGUAAUAAGACAGAUAGAGUAUUCAUAAUAUUGCUUUAAAAUGCUUUCAAUUUUUGAUGAAUUAAAAGACA